AUGGACGGUAAUUCGCAAGUGGGCCAGGACAAGAAAGAGUGUCUCGUUUGUGAUAUCCACAUGAAUGUUCGCCAGCAUUUCGGCUCAAUCACCUGUCUUGCAUGUGCUUCGUUCUUCCGCCGAACCGUUUCCCUUGGUAUUCAGUACGUGUGCAAACAUGACAGAAAUUGUCCAGUGUCUCAUGGUCAGUCACUUUGCUCUACACUAGUAUUAUUAUCAUCUUUCUCGUUUUCAGCGGUAAGAAGUGGCUGCCGAGCGUGUCGCUUCCAAGGUUGUGAACGAGCUGGAAUGGAUCGAUCAUGUAAGUAUCAACUAAAUGAUCAGUUCUUCUCACAAUGCAAUUUCAGUGGUUCGUGGCAAAAGAGAUCUCAGCAAAGUGCCCAAAUACGUGAGAGAAUCCAUUUGCAACGGAAAUGUUUUGGUGGUCAGAGGUGAGUGAAAGGGGGCAUUCAGAUGAAGUCACACUUCAAUCAAUUCAGAUUAUACGACGUCAAACUUUGAGACUCUUCACUUUAACGCAAAGAAAGAAGAGUCCGAAAUGGAAAGCCCUGUUGCGAAGACAGACGAUGAGGAAAUGUUCACAAUUCUGAAUGUGACGGCAGAUCAGUUGAUGCACUAUUACCUGGAACUCAAUGACCGACCGCAGUGCCCUCUGAGCGACAUUUCCUUCGAAAACUUCUUCAAACUGAAGAAAACUAACGAGCGAAUCGCAUUGGAUAUCUGUCAAACCUGUCCUGGAACUGAUUUACUAGACAAGACUGACAUGGUGAUCCUCUUUCAGUAUUGUGCAUUCGCCAGUUUUUGGAUGGAUUCCUUGUGGGCGGAUUUGGAACCUUCCAACCCGAAUCGGAUAAUGAAAUCUUCUGACGAAGACUUCGAUUUGCUCAACAAGUUCAUCGAUCAUUUACGGCAACAGUCGGCGCUUCCUUGUCCCGUUUACGGCUGA